UCAGUAUAAAGUCGAAUUUGGUGACGACAACAACGCUUAGACCGAAGCGAACGUUGUAACAAAAUUACGGAGUUUGAAAAAGUUAUUUUUUUUUUUUUUUCGUUUUUUCGGUGAUCCGUUGUCGUUCGGUUUUUUUUUUAUAUUAAAUAUGACGUCGCGCGUUGGAUUUUCGCGUACGGAGUGUCGCGAAAAUAAAUAAUAAUGGGCUAAAGAGACAUUUCGACAGUUUUUUUUUUCUUUUAAUUUAUUUAUUUUAUAAUUUACCGAGUGCUAUGCUAAUUUCAAACAAAAGCGGUUUGUACUAUUACAUUUUGAACGUUAUGCCACCCGGACCGAACGAAAAUUGAAAUGUUAUGAUAUUUAAAAAGUGACUAUCGUAUUUUUUGUUUUUAAAAAACUUUUUAUUUUGUGUUUCGAAUCGAUAUAAAAACUGUUUUUUAAUCGUGCCAUGGCAAAUAGCAGCAGCGGUGUCACCACACCACAACAAUAUCUACAACAGAUGAAUAGUCCUUUCCAUUGUAAGGAAUGUGGAAUUUCCCUCAAUUCGGCCGAAUCCUUGGAAGUGCAUCUGCAGUACCACAAAGAGAAUUUGCUAAAAAAUUGGGCUGUACAAGCUCAAUCGUCCACAUCGACGAAUCCCGAAGAAACCAACAACAACAACAACUCCAAAAACAACAUAAUAUCUAAACGUGAGUUAAAUCCAAAUAAUACCGUAGCCGCCGCCGCCGAUAGUUCAGAUUCAAUGCAAAAAAAGAGUCCGGAUUAUAGUAGGGCCACCCCCGAAACGGUUUUCGGUCAUCCCCCGACUCCUCAAAGUUACCAAAGCGCUUCGUCACCUUAUCAAGAAAAUUCCAGUUUCCCGACGAAUUUCCAAAAUUAUCCGAUAAAAAUCGAAAGACAUUCGCCGACCAAUCAAUUUUAUUCCAAUUACCCCGAACAAUAUUUCUCAUUAGAUCAUUCAAACCAACAAUUCAAUCAAGAAUCUUUCGUCCACAAAACCCCUUACAGAUACCACCCUUACAACCAAACUCAAAACAGUCCGUACGACAGGCAGGCACAGGUACCGUCUUCGAGUCCCGCCUAUCCGCCGCAACCUACCCCGUCCCCCAGCCCCAAACAAUGCGAUAAGUGCGGAUACGUGUGCGACUCCGCUUCCCAACUAAUAGAACAUUUGAAUAUCGCGCACCCCGCGACGCCCGCGGUCGCACCGCACCUCGCACCUUAUCACCAAACCAAUCAACAACAUUUCAUGUUCGAGCACGUCGUUAUCAAACAAGAGGAUCCGACUCAGAGCGAAAUUUUGGAUUUGGAUUCGCACAAAGUCGUCCACAACGUUUAUAACGAAGACGAAAAACGUCAAAACGGCGAUCCGAAUCCGCAUUCGGUAUCGGCGAUGUUGAAUUCGUGGCCUUCGCCGCAACAAAGGUUAUUUACACAAAAUAUUCCAGAACAACAACAACAACAACAACAACAGAAAUUAUUUCCGCCACAUCAAGAAUUUAUCGGUAAUAACGUAACGACGACGACGACGACGACGACGACGAAUCAAGAAGGUCUAAAUCAAAAUUACCGACCGUUCGAACAAAUGACAUCUCCGACGAAUAAUUCGGUUAUUUCUAGUAGUCAAAUACCGACGAAUGCGAUACCUCAACCGACUCCGGUAGGUAAAGGAGCCAAUUGGAAAUCGAACGAAGCCAGAAGACCCAAAACUUACAAUUGUACGGCUUGUAAUAAAUGGUUCACCAGUUCGGGACAUUUGAAAAGACAUUACAAUACAACUUUACAUAAAAACGCGGUUAAAUCGAGCGGACAACCGGAUCCGGCCGGUUUACCAAUCAGCGCCCAUCAUCAUCCUACCAGAGAAACGUCUUCUAAACAAGAAGAACGUCCGCAAUCGAGUAAUUCGGGAGACGAAGUACGCAACGAAGACGCCACCCAAUACGACAGAUUAGGUACGAUAAGCGGUUUAAACGUUCCUUACGAUAAUAGACAACCGCCGUCGGCGCCCAAUAUACAUUCCCCGAUGGGAUCUCCGAUGCAGCAGCAACAUCCUAGUCCGCAUAUAUCGAACGGUAGUCCCCCAAACGGGGAUGCAGGUCCCUCAACCAACAACCUGGGGGGCCUGCUAACGCUGACCACUCCUUCAAUCAGUACGCCCCAUGGGGGGUUCAAUAUACCGGCCCAACAUAUGAUGUCGAUGGACAACAACAACCAAUACCAGAUGUACCCAAACGAGCUUGCCCCCCACGUUAUGCCGGCUAUGGUUAUCACCACCAACAACCACAAUAUUACUGGUGAAUACCAGUUUAGUUUUCAACAACGCAUAGUCGAAAAUAAUCAGCCGUUGCCGAGUUUCGCGCAAAUCCAAGCGCACAGAUUCAACAACGGUUACGAAUCAGCUAACGUGGGGGGCAGGGAGUCGGCGACGGCUCCUCUAACCAAUUACUACGAAACGAAUUUACCCGAUGAAACGAUUUUAUAUAAAAACGACGAACUCACCGUCAUAACGCAAAACGAUUCGUCCCCCAAAACGCAAGAAUACAUUUUGGGUUAUUCCCCGAACGAGCGAAUCCAAGAAGAAGAUUUGAGCAUGAUAUCCAUGACGUCGGAAAACGAAUCCAAGAUAAUGGAAGAAAAUAAGAUGCAGAUAAUGGACGAUAUCAAAUUGAGAUUGGAGGCCCAGCCGAAAUCGCCGGAGAAGGCCCACACCAAAAGGGAUUACGAAGAAAACACCACCGGCAUCCAUUUGAUAACGUCUACUACGAGUAAACCGGGUUUGCACAAAUGUUACGAUUGCGACAAGAUUUUCAAUAAGGCCUGUUAUCUGACGCAACACAACAAGACCUUCCACAGCGGCGAUAAACCUUUCAAAUGUACGAGGUGCGGUAAAAGAUUUUCGUGCGAAAUUACUUACCAGGAACAUCUGACCAAACACGCCGGCGACAAACCCCACAAGUGCGAGCUGUGUCCGAAGCAAUUUAAUCACAAAACCGAUCUCAGGAGGCAUAUGUGUUUGCAUACCGGGCAAAAACCGUACGCUUGCGAAACUUGCGGCAAGGGUUUCAUCAGGAAGGACCACAUGAUGAAGCACUGCGAGACGCACGUCAGGAAAACGCAGUCCAAAUUAAUGGCGAUACGUUGACGCACCUUGCGUACUUUGAUGAAAAUGAUUUUUUUUUUUUUUUUUAACUAAAUGUGAAUUGAAUUGGAAAAUAAAAAGAUUUUGUAAAUAUUUUAUUCGGGAAACGAAAAUGUUGCUUAUUUUCGAACGAAUUUUUUUCGAAAAUAAGCAUUGGUGAAUUCGCUCGCGUAUUUUGAAAAAAACAAAAAAACAAAAUGUAUUCGCCGGGGUUGUUGCGUGUGGAUAUUUUUUGAAAAUUCGCGAGCUCCGCUACCCCUAAAUGUUAACAAAUAAAAAUUGCUCAAACUUUAUUUUAUAGUGUCCGAUGAGAAAUCAAUAUUCAAAACAGCAAUACCUCAGAUUCUCAGUUAUUCGAAUAUAUAUAGAGAUAAAAAAUGUAUUUAUAUCAGAUUUUAUUGAAAAUUGGAUGUACAAACUUUACCGUCGUGUAUAAAGUUUAAUAAUUUU